AUGCGCGGUGCGAAGCUGAACCCGCCCCCCGCCAGAGGCGGGACCAACAGUCCAAGGAGGCGCCAACUUCUCGUGGAUUCUUGCCACGUCCGUCCCCGCAGCUCACCUGCAAGGGCAAGAAAGUUUGCACAGCGGCAGCUCGCCCGAUCACUUGGUGAACCUACAGUAAAAGAUCCGCAUUGCCUCCACUGCCACGAGUGCGGCACCAUCGCGGAGUUUGGGCUUCGCGGAAGCAAGGAGGGUGGAGAAGUGAGAUACUUCUGCAGUGCGCACGCUUCCAAUGGCUGCUUCUGCAUCGACAAAGACCGCGCAGUCUCGGUACAACAUCGAGCGCAGCGCCGUUUGAAAGCGAAGCUUGUGCGACUGGAAGAGGAGCUGCAGCAGAUGGACGAGGCCAGCUCUUCUGCAGAACCUGCAAAACCAACUUGCUGCCUGCCAGAUUGGGAUGAGGCGAACUUCAAAGUGGCGCUGCCCUCCACGAAGCCCAUAAGCCGUUUGCUGCUAAAAAUACUCUUGAUGAUUGGUUGCGUCGAGAGCAACCCGGGGCCCUCGUCAGACGGGAUGGACAGCUCGGAUUCAGCCUCAGCCUUGGUCCCGCCUUUGUCGCAAAUGCGCCAGAGUGCUGGGACGCCUAUGGAGAGCCGGGGAGGAGAUUCGAGUACGGAGAACUCGGGAAUGGAGGAGAGUGGCGGUCCGAGCAUUGAAGCAGACUCCCAGGGAGAGGACAUCGAGGACGUGGAAUUCAACCGCGAGGAAGAGUCUUCCGACGAAGAGACCUCGCAGGACCGCCAGUUGUUGGAUGAUUCAUCGCAACCUCCCAUUGCCCCAGUCUGGGAGUACGCUCGGAUGGACGCGGAGCUUGGGCUGUCGGACACGGAGUCGGAAAUACGGUUCUAUGGGGGGCGCAAGCGAGCCAAGCGCGUAGAGAGCGAUCAGAGCGCAGAGUCGCAACCACGUGGAAGGGGCCGUCGUCGGGUAAUCAUGUCGUCUUCAUCGGAAGCGGAAGCGGAAGCGGAAGCCAACGAGUCGGGCUCCGAGGGGGGGGGACAGUCUGCUACGUCGAGCGGGUGGGGCGAGCUUCGUAAUGACGACGACCCUACACGGGACUGGGACGAUGAGCGUGAAUUUGAGGAGAUGCGCGAGUACUUCGGCGUCUGCCGCAUUGACCCUUGUUCAGAGCGGGAUCGCGGGGAGUCCCUUGCGUCCCAGGCGGUGUUCCAGCACGGACAAUCGAUGGCUCCCGUCGCACUCACAAGGGCCGCCGCAGCCGGGCCCUCCGUCCAAGAUGCGUUCAUGCCUGCCCCUUCAAUAGCGGCCACGUCAGCAGUUCCUACCCGCGCUACCUCCCGUGUCGUAGUACGGGAGACGACGCCCUCUUCUCAGGGACCAAGCCGGGCUGUUGAGGCUUCUGCGCAAGUGCAAACCGGGUCGCCAUCACAAGUGGACCCCAUCCUGGCUGCAGCCCAUUACUUCCACGGGCUCGGCAUCGUGACCAUUACUCACGAUCUUAAGGAGAUUGAUGACAAGGGCAAAAUCCGGAAGGUCCCCUGUCGCUGGCCCACCGAAAAGUCUUGGAAGCAGGCGAACCUCAGUAACUGCCUCCAGGAGUUUGCCAAGCCGGGGCGCAACUCCAUCGCCAUCGUCACAGAGCGGUCGGACAUCUACGCGGUCGACGUGGACGUGAAGGACGGGGGCUUUGAUGCACUCGAGCAGAUGGUCGACGAGCACGACAACUUCCCGGAGGACACGCCCCGCCAAACCACUGGCAACGGGGGCAUGCACGUUCUCUUCUCCCUAUCUCAGUCUCAGGAGGCUGGUCUGCUCAACUGCAGUAACAGGUCCCGAAUUCGGUACAAGGGCAAAGAGGUGGGUAUCGACGUCCGCGGGAAGGGGGGGAUGCUGUACUCUGCACCCAGCAGCUACACGGGUCUCGAUGGCACGCUCCGGCGCUACGAGUGGGACCACGAGAUUCUACCCGACCGCUCCAAUCUCAGAGCCGUUCCAGACUGGCUCAUCUCCAUCCUGAACGCCAGCGGUGAAGCUCCAACCGGAGCGAGUCACAGGCUGUACCUUUUGGACCUCCCCCGGCAGCGGUCCUGGAGCGCGUCAAGGCCUGCGUGGUGGCCACUGGUGACGACGCCUCCCGCUUCGAUCGCCUCAAGGUGGGCGGCAACGGGCCCAUGUACGUCUUUCGAGUGGACGGGCCCCGACGCUGCCCAAACGGCAAUCACCACGACGGCUUCAACAACUUCAGCGUGCUGGUGCGCGGCAGGGCCCUGCUCUAUUGCUGCAACAGUUCAGAGUGUGUGGGGGUCCGCCCCUUGCCAAAGAUUCGGAGAGCUCACGCGCUCCGAGGCCAUGAUCGGAGGCGAGCUCCGUGCCUUCCGAGCUGAUGACGUCAGCGCGAUUGACAACCUGCACAAGGGCUUCGUGGACAAUUGGGCCUUUGAGGGAGACGUAGGUGGCAGUAAGAUCGUUGCUGAGAUGUACGCAAGCUGCGGCAGGCUGUGGUUCGAUGGAGAAACCUGGUGGUACUGGGAUGGGCGGCGCUUCGUACAAGAUGGGAAGGGCGAUUUCAUGGUGAAGAACGUUCUUAUCAAUCAGCUCAGGAUUGUCUACGAGCGAGUUAGAGACGAGUGGAACGCAGCUAUCGAGGUGACCAUUGACGAGAAGGAGCAGAAGGCGUUAUUGCAGCAGCUUAAGCGCCUGCGAACGUACAACAACGUCCGAGAGAUGUCCAGUACGCUCGAGCUUCUCCGGGGGGAGUUGUUUGCUAAAGACCUUGCCCAUCAGCUGGACGCAAACCCAGACAUCCUGAACGUCAAGAAUGGAGUGCUCCUUUUGAGGACUGGCGAGCUCGAUCUGCACAGGCCCCAGUACUUGUGCUCCAAGAUUGCGGAGACGGACUUCAUGGUGAGCCCCUCAUGCUGCUUCCAAAAGAAUAGAGCAACUUCGUUGGCUCUAGAGCUAGCACGUUAUGACGUCUGGGGGGUCCUUGAAAGAUUCGACAUGAUGCACGUUCUUGUCGUUCUCUCACUGUUCACGAAGACCCGAGCAAGCCAUUGGCACGCAUGC